GAGGCUUUGAUGUUUCGCAUAUACGCUACCAUCAAACACUUCGUAUUUCUUCCGUAUUCCUUUAUGAAUUUCACAUAUGGCUAUAUAUUUUAAUAGCUACUCUUAAAUCCCACCUCUCCUGAUAAAAUUGGGUGUGUAAUCCUUUUUUCCUAGUUUCAGGAAGCAAAAAUUAAAAACAGGUGCAAAACUGUAAUUUUAAUGUGUAAUAUUUUGUACAAUUUUGCACAAUUGAUAUCACUUUUUUGGAAAACUACUAUCACAGGAUGUAGAGGGGUUAUUAGGGUUUAAAUUUGUAUAAAAACCUCUUGGAAUGAAGAAGGCCGUUUUUGUGGGUGGAAAAAAAUUCGCAAACUUGACCCUUAUUCAUCGAUCGGAUAUUAAGAAUUAUUAUGUAUCGCAUAGUGAAUCUGGCAACACUAUAAUUUUAAUGUUCUAACAUAACCUCACUUGUGUGUUACGAUUUUGAUGAAAACAUAAAUUGAGUGAUCUACUAAAAAUCUUGUGAUUCAAUAAAAAAGGUAAGGAAAUUGUGUUUAGUUUUGUGAUAAAGAUGCCACAUUUAAUUUGUUUUACAAAAGAUGGAGAAACACACUGCAAAAAAUAAAAAACGCAGCAGCAUUGAUGAAACAGUCAUGCAGGAAGCUCUUCAGAAAGUUGUCCAAAAAAGGCUUAGCCUUAAUAAAGCUGCCGUGGUUUUCAAAAUCCCGAUAAGCACACUGUUCUCGAGGCUUAAAAAUGUGAGAAAAGAAAUAGCUGAUUCUCAGGAAGUGCCCUUGAUGAUGGGGUUGCAAAAUAGGGAAAUGGCUAAUAAAUAUGCGGGAAGGCAAAUUUUCAAUAUGCGACAAGAAAAAAACCUUGUUAAUUAUUUGUUGGCUUCCUCUAAGGUAAAUUUUGGCCUCACCCUACAGCAAACCCGAGAACUGGCCUUCAGUUAUGCAAUCAGCAUUGGUCAAGAUGUUCCAGAAAGCUGGAAAACCAACAAGAGCGCUGGAAAAGCAUGGGCCACUGGUUUUUUAAAAAGGCACAGUGAACUCUCGCUUCGAAAACCCGAAGCCACCUCUAUGGCGAGAAACUGUGGUUUCACGCGAGCAAAUAUUCAAAUAUUUUUGGAAAAUCUGGAAGAAAUAAUGGAAAGAUAUCAUUUUGAUCCUUCAAGGAUCUUCAAUCUCGAUGAGACGGGACUGAGUACAGUCCUUCAGCCACCAAAAGUCAUCGCCUCCAAAAAAUCGAAGCAAGUUGGCAAAUGCGUCACAGCAGAAAGGGGGGAAAGUAUAACCAUUUGCGCAUUUGUCAAUGCAGCAGGAGAAAGCUUCCCUCCAGUCUAUCUCUUCCCUAGGAAAAGGAACCACCCUGAGUAUAUGGAUGGUUGUCUUGAAGGAUCUGUGGCCUUUUUUAAUGAAAAAGGCUACAUGGACGCGGCAAUUUUCGUUAAAACACUUGAGCAUUUUAAAGCUCAUACAGCUGCAUCCAAAGAUAAUGAAGUGCUCCUCAUUCUGGAUAAUCACGGGUCACACCUGUCACUAGAAGCCAUCAAGUACUGUAGGGACAACGGUAUCCAUAUGGUGACUUUGCCGCCACACACGAGUCAUCGCACUCAACCACUGGACCUAACAGUAUUUGGCCCCUUCAAAAUGUUUUGCGCCAGGGCAUUUGAUUCAUGGAUGUCAGCUGGUAGUGGGAACAGGAUAAAUCUUCACAAUAUCGUCAGAAUUUCUAAGGAACCUCUCCAAAAAUGCAUGUCAUCCAAAAAUAUCAAAGCUGGCUUCAUGAAAAGUGGUAUUUAUCCAAUGGACAGCUCCAAACUUCUCGAAUUUUUUGAGACACCUGAAGCCGCUUCUUCAUCGACAAAAGUUUCUUGCACAGUAUUGGAAGAUAAUUCUGAAACAAUAAAAUCACCACCAUUUCCAAGGGCAAUGAAUUCUACUACCAUUACAUCAGAAGAGACCGAUAACCAGGAUAUCAUUCCCCAAGACUCAAUGUUACCAGUGACCAUCCAAGAGACCAGUUCUCAAAUAAAUAUCUCACUAGAGGCCAGUUUCCACGAGAACGUUUCCCAUGAUAUUACACCACAAGACUUCAGUUCACAUGAGACCACUUUCCAAGAGGAUAUGUCUCAGAUGUGUUUCCAAGACUUGAUUGUGGAGGAGAGUAUCAGCCACGAGAACAUCUUUGAAGAUCAGAACCUAAAUUCACCUGAUAAUCAAGCUCUUGAUCUGUCUGUAUCAACCCGGAAUCAGGAAUUACGAGGCGAUAAUCGCAGAAUUCUGGCCUUCGUUCCCAUCUCUAAUGUUCCAUUGGAUCUCUCCUUGAGCUCCUCUAAUACAUUCGCUAAGCCACAUGCAUCCCAGCUCCGAUUUGGUGGGUUGGAAAUAAUUCGACCAUUGCCAACCCCAUCGACGUCAAAGACAAAGCAAAGCAGAGGUAUGACAUCUACCAUUGCUACUUCAUCUCCUGAGUUGAAGAAAAAAGAAGAUUUGGAGAUAAGUAAACGUGUUAAGCAGGAGAAUAAGAGGAACAGAGAAGAAAAGAAGAAUCAGGGAAGAAGCACAGCGGAAACUGGCAAAAGAAAAAUCCUUCCUGAAAUGGAUGUGCUGAUUCCAGAGAAAAAGAAAAGGGGUAGGCCCCGUAAAGUGCUACCUGUAUCUGAUGCUUGAAACUAAGGUCAUGAGAAUUGAUUUGAAAUUAGAGGGAAUUAUAAUGGGGAUCCUAUGAAAAGUGUGCUGCCUAUGAAGUUUGUACCUGAAGUCAUGAGAAUUGAUUUGAUUAUAGAAGUCAUAAAUGAAACAAAACUGAAAUAGAAAUUAUGUUUUAUGUAUAAAAUUCAAGAGAUAGUGUCGGAAGGGAUUUGAUUCUGAACACACUUCGAAUAUAACCAAUAAUUAAACUUGUUUUACAUCUGGUUUUCCAAGUCACACCUUGCUGAUAGUAGAAAAUACUUUGGCUUGCAUAUUAUAUACAAUUUCGUUGUCAUUACUAUUACAAUAAAAUUCACGAGCUUCCACGUAGGUUUAGCUAAAUAUAUCCAUUGUCACAGUCUAGACAGGUUUCUAUGAGAACUGAAAAUUCUGUUUCUUCUAUAUCCGUUUCUGUCUCUCCAUGAGUUUUCAUUUGCGUUGAUAUACUUCUUCAUUCUCGAAACUGUAAUCUUCGGUUCCGCAGAUUAGAUACUCCAGCUUCUUAUGAUGCAAUUUACAAUAUUCCUCCCAGUGACAUAUGCUCUGUAAUUUGAUAAGUGACAAUCACAAGUAAUUUCAUUCCUCAUAUAUAUCCGGUUCCAUCUUGGCCACAGUAGACACCAACACUUUCAUUGCGUCCGGAAGAGUAUAAUAGAGUUGGAAUACAACUGUAAUCCUUGGGGGAAUUUGAAGUAGUUAUAUUUGUUUUGUCAAAUACAAUCCAUCAGUACUUCCCAUCAUUAGUUUGGAGUUUCUUCCACAUUUUUAAUAGCACGAUACUAAACUUCAGUUUAUGAUGCAUUUGUACCAUUCCUUAGGCAUUGUGUCCGGGUGUAUUCCUUUAAGUAUUUCUAUUCAUCACCCUUCAAGAGAAUUCCCUGAAGAAUCUUCAUUAACUUCUGUUUAUGUAGCUAUUAUGAUUUGACUGGUUAUACAAUUUUCUAUCGCCUCAAAUUCCGCAGAAUGUCACAUUCAUCUCAAUCAAUCUUUAUUUUCAUCUCGCAGUCACAUCAUAAACUGAGCUUCACGUCCACUAUUUCAAUUUCACCUUUACUUUUACUUCCAAUUAGAAUUUUCCUACACUGUAAUCUUUCUACUAUGAAAAUUUGUUGACUUGUGAAAGCGAAAAGCAGGAAUUUCCAUGAGAAUGUUUUUAUUUCCCGGACGUCAAGAUACAACAUAACCUUCAAAUUUCCACAUACAUUUUGGGGUUGCCAAAGUGACACUUUCAUGGAAUUUGAAGAUCAAAGAAAGAAAAUGGUUUCCUCAGUGUAUAAAAUUAUACCUUUUACAAAUCUUCAUAAAAGUGAUAUUAAAAGAUAUUAUUCCUCACAUAAACUAUUUAAUCAGAUAGACUAGAGUUCCGUCUAAACAAUGAUGUGUAACUUUUAGUGUCGGGUGCAAAAUUUACGGUGAAAAUGGGACGUUUUUGAGUGAUGUAAAUUUGUAUGCGAAAAUAGAAACUUGAUUCAACUAUCGGACAAAUCGUCAUUAAAUUUUCAUUUUUUUCUAGAGAAAAAUGUGAGGAUUUUCCAGGAUUUUGUGAGAUAGGAUUUUGAACCUAGUAAGUAAGAGAGUUUUUUGGCAUAAUUGGUGAAUUGAUACGGUUCGUGUGGUAGUCAGAAAAAAAUACUUAAGUUGGACAUCAUUUUUAUAUGCGAAACAUCAAAGCC